AACCAAUGAUAAAAAAUUGAGUUUGACUGAUCUAUUUCCAACCUCAGCUACGAGCAUAGUGGCAUAAUUCGUUUUUAAAUAAUAAAGCACAUUUAUCACUAUGAGCUAAAAGAGCCAGUACGUAACUCAGUCUGCGAGUUUAUACAGGGUCCUUGCGCACAAAUAUUUCAUGAUAAUAGAAUUAUUAGAUUUAGCGAACAUACAAAGUUUCCUGUCGUAUGUCAUACGUUAGCAUACAGUCUAGACUCACGCCAAUUGUGUUUUUGGAUAAGGGGCAUUCUGUUGGUUUUAGGAACUGGAUCCUCUCGCCCUUUCCCAAGGAGGUUAAUUUGAGGAAGGGAAGGGUAGCAACAGCAAUAGCAGAGGGAUGAGAAAGGAAAAAGAGACACAUCUAAAAGAUCAAUGGGGAAGGGAAGGCCGUUCUGCCGCACAACCUUCUAACUUAAAAGCUUUCUUUAUGAUACACUCAGUCUAUCUAAAGGCCUGGAUGAAAUUUCGACCUACCUCGUGUGACCCUACGGCGCCGUUGCAAUAGCCUCCAAGUUUUUAGUCAAAGCGAUAAGGCCAUUGGUUUAUUUAUUCCGUAAGAUGCAGUGAUGAAAUCUAUAUCGUCUGUACUGACAGAAACCACAUACAAUUUCCGACCUGAACAAUGUAGUUUAAUAAUAGUCUAGAAAAAUGCGUCGUCUGCGGAGUCUGGUUACAAAUGGGUUUUUGAAUGUGUACAUGUCAUAUGAUGAACGUUUGUCAGAAUCUGAAGAAGUAGCUGCAACCGGUCACAGGAAUUCUCCACUGCUCGGUUCAUCUCGUUAUCUCAAGUACAAGAAAAGAUGGAGGAAUAGUUGGUUGGACGAGCCUGAGUUUCAAGGGUGGUUAUCACGAAACAGCGCAUCCCGUAACGCCUAUUGUAUAGUAUGCAAACGCGAUAUCUGCGGGUCUAUGACCAUGAUCAAGAGACAUGCCCGAACCGGUAAACAUCAGGACAAUGUGACAAAUUAUUCCGGCAAAGAUCAGCAUAUCCAGCACCUUCAGAUACAACAACUGCAAUAUUCAGGCAAACAACAGCAGCAGCAGCAACAACAACAACAACACAACAGCAAUAUUCGAUACAUGCUGGGUACAUCAGACGGGUCAGCCGUUGGAACAGGUUCUGGUGAACCCCAAGUCGUUGUCGUUUCGGAGCAAGUGGACAGUGGCACCGGGAAUGGGGGCCCAGAUACAGGUGGCGGCGGCGGAGAUGGAACUGUAUUCGUGACCGAAGCGACGGAAGCAACCGAUGCAGAAGGGGCUGAAGGAAACACCGCCUUUGGUGUCGACGGGACCGUAUCUCUUGAGGAUGAUUAUUCUCCUGUCGAUUCGGGUGAAGUUUACGUGACCAUUUGUCGCACCGAACAGUUCUCUGCUAGUCAUAGACUACACUGUCCCGAACUGACGCCCUUUAAAAAUCAAGAGAUUUUCGGGAAGUGCAAUAACCCCAACGGACACGGGCAUAACUACAAGUUUGAGGUUGCUCUUACAGGACCAAUUGACAAAACGACAGGUAUGGUGAUGAACCUAGCGGAUCUGAAACGCCUCAUCACUUCCAAUGUACUGGAUGUUGUCGACCAUAAAAACCUCGAUCUUGACAUACCCUACUUCAAAAACGUUGUCAGUACGGCUGAAAAUAUUGCCAUCUUUAUUUGGCGCCAGCUUCGACCAGUCAUCGACCAGAAGCUUCAUAUACGUGUGUCUGUGUUUGAGACCGAUAAAAACAAAGCUGUGUUUCCAGCCUUCAUUUGAAUCGCAACCUCCUCAAACACGCAGCCUCAACAAGUGGUUGCCUAACUAGCACACAUAGUGUUGGCUUUGGCCUAACACAGCAACAGGCGCUAAAAUCUGCUAAACUGUUUCAAAUAUCAUACUACAUCUUCCUAUUAAGGCGGGCGUAUUGAACAAGCCUAUAUUUGUAUUGCGUAUAUAUGAAGGUGUAAGAUUUUCGGUACCUACAGCUUAAACGACCAUGUGUUAUUGUUUCUCGCCUCCAAAUAUAUUAUUGCUUCGAGUGUAAUUAUCCGGAGUAUGUUGUGUAUACGAAAGCGUACACAUGAAAACCAAUACAAAGUAAGUUUUCGAUAUGAAAGCUGCCUGAAAAUAUUUCUUCCAUUUGUUUGUAAAUUGUAUUCAAACGUUGAAGUACAGUUGUAAUUGAGUAGAUGAUGGAAUAAUUUUCGCGUAUAGAAAGCUUGAGACAAUUAAGAAAACGAUGUGUUUUCAAAGAACAAAGUUUCGGCGAUAUUUGGGUUGUCCUUAAACAUAGAGCUUUUAAAAUAUGCUACACAACGUAAGCUGACUGGUAUCUCAGAAGAAAACAUUAAAUCGAGGCUUUGCAGGUUGUACUGUUUGUUAAUUUGAAGUUUUUUUAGCAAGUUCCUAUAUCAAGAAGACCUAUUGGAGAUGCCCAAAGACUGUCGCGGAAGACAUUUACCAUGGAAAAAUAGCUAGGCCUGGAAAUGACUUCGUUGAUAAUUUUCACAGGAAUGGUAUUGGCACUAAAUAUUAUUUAAAAUGUAUUUCUAAUAGAUCUUUCCUUUGAGACAAAUACUCACGUUUUGAAGCCUAUUAGAAUUAGAAGGAGUCCAAUCGAAACAGAUAGAAAAACAAAGUAUUUUACUAAAAGUAUUGAAAAGUGCUAAUUUCAGAAUAAGAAGAGAUAAAGUUUCAUAGCGGAUGGCCUUUGUUUUUUUUUUUAGUUGUAACGAUACUUUGUAUUUAGUUGAUUACUCGGAUUUAGUCAUUUUGAGUGGGCAUUAAGCUUUCAAUGAAUGGCAAGCCAAAUUCCACAUUUAAUACUCUACUUCGUUAAUAUUAUAAUUUGCAGACUCAGUAAGUAUUGUAACUAUUACCUGUAAAUAAAUCACAGUAUAAUUGAAUCGUCACAUAUUCUAUGAUACACGUAUAGAAUAAAAAAUUACGGUAAAUAAACAAUGGACACGUGUGUCUAAUUGGUGCCAAUAGUAUUUAAAAAAAUGGCAUGAAUUGAACAAGGAAUUGAGUAAUCGAUUACGGCUGGUUUAGAAAAUUAGAUUCAGCGGAUGAAAAAUCCAGCCAUGUUUUUGCUAAAAAUGUUUACCAAAUGAGAGUUGUUAUCAGUAACAACCAUGAUUUGAAUGAUAGCAUAUACUCUUAAUGACUCUAAACGCAAUUUUCAUACUAUAUAUUGAUGUCCAGUCUGAUGACAUUUCACUGCGCGAAUUUAGCAUUUUUCGAUUAGUUGUAAGCCACCUUUUGUAAGAAAUAGAUACGCGACAGUAAUGCAAGAUUCAAUCAGGAAGCUCCGAUUGCUCUACAGUUACGUAAAUUCAUCAACGGUUAAUACAGAAGAUUCAAUAAGCGGUCCCGAAAAAAAGCAAAACACACAGAAAGCAGGUUCAAAAUAAAAUACUAUCUAUUUUUCUCGUAAUCAUUACAAGUAACCAUUAUUGUCGAUCACUGCUACUUUCGGCAGUAUUUUUUUUAUAUAAUAGUUAAUUGAUGGUCGUUGUGUUGUUCAACGUCUUUUUUAUGACCGUUGUGUUUAAAAUUGUUGUUAUUCUACUGCUAUAUUAGCGUUUAGCUAUUAGUUAUAAAGUGUAUUAUCGCAAUUCAUUUUAUAGCUUUAUUAAAAUCAGACCGCAUAUAGAACCACCGUAAAGCACAAUAAUUACUACAUGUAUAUAAUAAUUUUCAGCUCAGAUCAGGUUCUCCUAGAUAAUUAAUUGUUGCUGCUCCUCAAAGCGAGAAUGUAAAACGACCUGGGCAAACUUUUACGAGGUGGCCUAUACUAGGCAUCCGAAAUAGUCGGAUAGAGCCUUUGUGUAACUUCCAGCUUUUUGGUGUUAUUCUAGUAUUCAUUGUUUCCAUGUCGUAUAUAAAACUGAUGUAGAAGCUUUUAAAUAUUAGGAUAAGCAAAGGCAAUUUACAGCCAACGUAUAUUUUAAUACAGUCUUUAAGGUUAAUAUAUUUAGUAUAUUUUUUGAGAUUCUAACACAAACUCAGGACAAGAGAGACGCUUUUUAUGAAUCUCCAGACAUGAUCAGACAGGUAAUGAUUUGAAUGACAUAUAACAAUCAUAAUAUUAUUGAUUAAUAAAAUUACCGUAUCCAUAUAAUACGUACAUUUACAAGAUUUCCAUCGUCAGUCCUAGAUAUAUAUAUAUAUAUAAUAUAUAUAUAUAUAUAUAUAUAUAUAUAUAUAUACUGUCCAGCGGUAGCAGUUACCGCCUUCAUCAGUGACGUCACGUCACCUCAAUGAUGCUCCGACCUCUUGACUAAAGUUAACAAGAUUGCCAUAUAGCAAGCGAAAAUAACACCACUCGAAAUAACACUUUGCUCUGCUUGCACAAAGGGACUUAACUGUCCGACGAAUAUGAAGUGCUAUAUUGUCCACAAUUUCCGAAAUCUAUUUUAAAAUUUACAAUAUCUACUAAUUUCAUUCAUAUAGAGAUUUCAUUAUUCGUUAUUCUUUGAAAUUGCUACGUUUACACUGCGAAAUGUAUCAAAUCUACAUAACGAAAAUAAAAAAUAAUCUGAAAACUUGACAUGUAUCAUGCUUCAUCGCCAAGCCUGUUCGAGAUUCUAUUAUCUUCAAUAUCAUAGAAAUUGACACCUAUGUAGCUUCGGAUUGUUGCUAAAAUACUGCAACCAUAAGAGGAAGUAUAUUUAAAAUAAAUUACGGAAGAUAUAUUAAUUAAUCUAUAAUCAAGCAAAAUAGGGGUACGUAAAUAGCACAUUGAACGCAAUGGGCGCGCACUCAAAACCGUCGGCGCGAUCGACAGCUACCUGGGCAAUGGUCCAGGAGUCACUUAAAGGUCUGUCACCAAUAUACAUAUGCUAUAAAAAUCUAGAAAAAUGAACGCCGAUGUUUGACGCAUGUUUAGUCACAAAUCAAUUGUGAUUAAAUCGAAUAUUGAAACGAAACACAUAACAAAUAUUUAGGAAAUCUGACUAUCGUCACACCUAUUAUUGUCACAAUGUGCUUUAACGCUAACGUCUGACGAUGGUCAGACAUAACUAAUAAGAUAACUACAGUCUAAUAUAUUAUUAAAAACACUAUCGAAUAUCAACGCAUAGGAUAGCCGUAGUUUUUUCGAAAACUGUUGGCAGAUCACAGUGUUGGAGUCGGACAGGACAAGCCAUUGGGUCUUCCUUUUCGCUGAACUAAAUUAUUGAUUAGUAGAGCUACGAUUGCGUGCAGCGCCCGCAUAACAUAUUAGU